CGGAAGAAGGCCUUCAAAAACUCAUUCAUGCAAUACAACCAAAGCGGGGAGCGUUCAGUCGUUUUUCAAUACGUUAUAUUUGAUUUCUGAACUUCCGGUUCAGCUUAGUCGCUGAUUGGUGCAGAAGCUUGUGAGGGCGGGUCAGUUGUACGGAUCUGUUUCGCUAUUGGCCAGCUACCAACGGGCAUCACGAUGCGGGCCACAGUACAGCUGCGAAAAUGUUGAUGUGUUUACGGUCCCGUCUACAUCUUAUCUCUGUAGCCGCGUACUUACCUACAAUUUAAACUUCAUACCAGCGUUUAGCUUCUAGUUAGCAUGUGAGGCUAACAGUGAAACUACGUAACUUGUAGCUGGAGGUGGUCGCGAUGGAAAAUGGGCUUCUAGACUCGCAUAUCAGGUUGUUGUUGCAUGCAGCAUCACAACCUGACACCUGACCGAACCAGAGGAACGCUCUAAAGAAUCAUGGGGUUUAAAUAGGCUGAAGGACCCAAUAAGAAAGUAUGCCACACAGUAACAGAGAGCUGGUGGAGUACUACAUCAGCUACAAGUUGUCCCAAAGGAACUGUCCCAUGUCUCUGCUGGGGCCAGAGGAUGGGGGUAAGAAGACUCGGGAGGACUGGGACAAUUCAGCUGCUAGCAAUGGCCGGCUGGUCAGCAGCAGGGACAGCCCACCAGGGAAGACUUGUGCCCCCCGUGGUGGCAUGGAGGCAGUGAAAUCAGCUCUAAAGGACUCAGCAGAUGAGUUUGAACUUUUAUACGCACAGAGUUUUAGUCACCUUUCCCUGCAGCUCGAUAUCACGCCAGACACGGCCUACCACAGCUUCAAGAGCGUGCUGGACGAGCUGUUCAGAGAUGGGGUAAACUGGGGACGGGUGGUGGGCCUCUUUGUCUUUGGGGGGUUGCUGUGUGUGCAGUGUAAGGAGAGGAAUUUAAGCGAGCUGGUUCCCCGCAUUGCAGACUGGAUGACCACCUACCUGGAUGAUCACAUCGGGCUGUGGAUCAGCAGCCAAGGAGGAUGGGACUGUUUUGCAGAGAUUUAUGGGCGAGGAGCUGCGGCAGAGGCAAGGAGGUUCCAGGAGACCCUGAAGAAGUGGCUGUUAGCAGGAGUGCUGCUGCUGUCAGGGGUGCUGCUCGGUGUGCUCAUUGCAAAGAAACGGUGAAACUUCUGCAGGCCGCCCCUAACAGCACGCCGUGUGUAAUGCUUCUUCACAAGUAAAACUAGAUCGUUAAUGUUUACAUGAAGUAAAAGCCACUGACAGGACGUAGUCUGGCUACAUUCCAGCAACAUGUCGAAGGAUCUAAAUGAUGUAGCGCAGUGAGCUGUUCUGUGUCUCAAGCCGCUUUACCUGUUUAGUUUUUACACACGUGGCUUUGUAUUUUAGUUGUUGAAGGCUCUCAAUCCUCAGACUUGAAGUGCUUUAAACAGACCUCAUAUAAGCUACGACAGAAGAACCACGUUCAGCUGGUUUGCUGGUUUUAUUUUUUACCGUCUGCUUUAUCCCAGGACCAAAUUUUAUGUCUCACAAACCGCUGACAGAUUAUCUAAGCUAUCGUUGUUUUUCACAGUGUAAUGGUCGUGUAUUUUAUUUUUGAGUUCUAAGCUUGCUUCAUCAGAAAUAAAUAUAUUUAAUUUUU